AUGCGACUGCGUCGUCGCAUACCGCUACCGUCGUCGGCGCGGAUCCUCCUCCGUCACCACCUCCCCGUCGUCCCGAAAUUCCUCUUCUCAUCCACUCCUUCCUCCUUCAAACAAAAACAAAAAGAUGCAGAAAUCGACUACCCCGCCCGUCUACAAUCCCUUCUCGCGCCGUCCUCGCCGCAGAUGUACCCGCUCAUAGCAGAGCACUCCGUUCGCGCACGCCAGAUCCGCGACGUGCGCGCGCAGUACGAUAACCUCUCGUCCGAGGAACUGCAGAACAUUGCCGCCCCGUCUAUCACGGUAUGUGGCCGGAUCAGGAGCGUGCGCGCGUCGGGAAAGAACCUCGUCUUUCUCGAUAUCGAGCAGGACGAGAGCAAGAUCCAGGGCGUCUACAGACGCCAGGGGAUCGAGGGCGAUUUAGAUCCGGCCGAGUUUGCAAAGUCUUGGGAAUUACUCCGCCGCGGUGAUUUCAUCUCAUUCACAGGCCACAUCGCCCGCACAAAAGCAGGCGAACUCUCCCUCCGCGCAACAGACAAAGUAACCCUGCUCUCGCCCUGCCUGCACCCGCUCCCGCUCUCGCUCUCCGCAAACUCGCGCUCGCACCACCGCACCGUCGACUUCAUCAUCAACCCGCGCGCGCGCGAGACCAUCCGCGCGCGCGCGCACGUGCUGGCUGUGCUGCGGCAGUUUUUGGACGAGAGAGGUUUUAUCGAGGUGCAGACGCCUAUCCUGUCCGAUUCGGCCGGCGGCGCGACCGCGCGUCCGUUCAAAGAGAAAGACACGCGGAAGCAGCUUGCGCUGCGUGUCGCGCCCGAGCUGUGGCUUAAACGGCUUCUUGUCGGCGGCUUCGACCGGGUCUACGAAGUGGGUCCCGUGUUUCGCAACGAAGGCAUCGACAGUACUCAUAACCCCGAAUUCACAACCUGUGAGUUUUACAUGGCGUUUGCGAGUCUCGAGCAGCUUGUUGAGAUGACCGAGGGGUUGUUGAGGGAGAUUGUGAAGCGGAGCUGUGAGCGGAGCGGGAUGGUGCGUGAGGUUGUGGAGGCGAGCGGCGUGGUGUUUGAUCAGCCGUUUCGGAGGGUUGAUUUCGUGGGCGAGAUCGAACGCGGGAUCGGGUGUCGAUUACCAGACUCUGUGCUCUCGAUCUCCGGCGGUGCAGACGACGCUGCCGCGCUCGAAUUUUUUGAAGCAGUGUUUAAUCAGCACAAGAUCCCGAUCCCGUCGCCGCUUACCGUUGCGAGGUAUCUCGAUAAACUUGCAGACCACUUCCUCGAACCCCUUCUCUCGUCUGCAAAAACCCCCGUCUUCCUCCUCAACUUCCCCGAAUCCGUCUCGCCCCUCGCGAAAUCCACCACCACCACCUCCUCCAAAGACGGGCGAACACACAACCUCGCGCGCCGCUUCGAGCUCUACCUCAACGGCAAAGAACUCGUCAACGCCUACGAGGAAGAAAACUCCCCGUUCGCGCAGCGCACGAAAUUCGCCGCGCAGCAACGCGAUCGCGAGAAAGGCGAUGCCGAAACUCCGCUGCCGGACGAGGCGUACCUCAAGAGUAUGGAGUGGGGACUGCCGCCGACGGGGGGGUGGGGGAUGGGUAUCGAUCGGCUGGUUAUGUUUUUGACGGGGCAGGAGAGGAUUGUUGAGGUUUUGACGUUCGGGGGGGUGAAGAAUGUGGUGGGGCAGGAGUGA